UAGAAACCCAAUCAAAUGGCUGAUGUUGAAGAGGAGGAGGCCCCUCCUGACCUCGGUGAUGAGCAGCCUGAAGGUGAAGAAGACGAGGAGGCUGUCGAGGGUGAAGAGCUCGAUGGUGAAGACGCCGGCGAGGAGGAGGACGAGGGCUCCGAAGCUGAGGAAGAGGAUCUGUUUGAGCUUUUGAUAGAAAGCGAGUCGGAGGACGAAGAGGAACGUGCCAUGUACCAGGAGUACCUGGAGGUGAUCAAUGCAGUGGACGCCCAGAAUCUAGUAAUUCAAGUACUAAAGGACAGGGCAGCCGUGCUAAUGGGCAAGCAAUGCAAGACCUUCAAGGACAAAGAGGAGUACAAGCGCCUUAGGAAGUGUAUGGAGCAGGAGGACAUCAACCUGCGAACUCUUAUCAACCGGGCCGUGCAGCUCCAGAACUUUGGAUCCCGCCGGAUGUACGGGUCUGUGGCGAUGGAGACGACGGAAGCGGAGAGUUCCUUCUUCACGGGGCUCCCAACGUCGUUUCCUACGAUGGAGGAUGAGGAGUGCUGUUUAAACAAGGGCCUGUGCUGCUCGGACUCGGACUCCGAUGAGGAUUCUAAUCACAACGAUGAUGACGGUUGGGUUAACUGUUGGAAGUAGACUGAAGCUGUUUGAUUGGGUUCGGUGGUGUU